AUUCAGGUAACAGCCAGAAGCUUCUCGGCCUUUUAAUCUAGAAAAUUCUGGUAUAUUCAUACCCCCUCUCUGCUGGAAGUUGCUGUGUAUAUAAAACCGGUGUCAAGUGAUAAUUAAAAACUAAACAUGUCAUUACUACCAUCAUUAUUCUCUCACUGGUGGGAAGAUCUCGAACGUCCUCAUCGUUUGUUGGACCAACAUUUUGGUACAGCUCUCAGCCCACAAGAUUUGCUUCCAUUUCGUGAUGAUGAACCCAGUCUGCUUGUAAUUCGUCCACCGAAACGUCACCACCAUUACCAUCACCCAUACGAGAAGUCAAUCGCUCGUAGAUCCGGCACUGGAUCAUCAGUUUUGCAAGCUGACAAAAAUAAAUUUCAAGUAAAUUUGGACGUCCAGCAGUUUGCACCAGAUGAAAUAUCUGUCAAAGUAUCAGGGCGCAAUGUCAUCGUCGAGGGCAAACAUGAAGAAAAGCAGGACGAACAUGGCUGGAUCUCACGUCAGUUCUCUCGUAAAUAUUUGGUACCAGAGCAGUGUGACCUCGAGCAACUUCAGUCAAAUUUGUCCUCUGAUGGAGUCCUGAGUAUCAUCGCUCCCCGCAAAAAAGCUCUGGAAGACAAAAAUGAAAGAGUUAUUCCGAUCACACAAACUGGACAACCAGCCAUCACAUCAACGGAAACCAAGUCACCUGAACCCUCAGGAUCAAAGGAUACUUCAAGUCCUCAAAAGACUCCAGUUACUCGUGCUCAAGACAAAGCAUCAAAGACUGUCAAAGCUGCUUAAAAAUAAUAAGUUAAAUAUUUUCAUUUUUCAUUCAUACUCUAGUUUAUUAUCAUUAAUUACAUUAUUUUAAGUUUAUUUUUUACAAUUACAAAUGUAAUUACAUUUAUAAGUACAAAGUUUCACUUGUAUUUAAAUAUAAUUAAUCAAAUUAAUUAUAAAAAAAUAUGUAUCAGUAAGUAGGUCUAUCGUUUUUUUAUAUUUAAUAUAAAAAUUCUUGUAAAGAAAAAAAAGUUUAUAAUAAAACAUGUGUGUAAACAA